AUGCCGGGAAGACUUGCUGGAAAGGUUGCAAUUGUGACUGGAGCAGCUUCUGGUUUCGGCAAGGGAAUCGCAGCAAAAUUCGUUGAAGAAGGUGGAAGGGUAAUAAUUGCAGAUUUGUCAGAAAAUGCCGGCCUGAAAGCCGCAGAAGAUCUCAAAUGUAGCUUCUUUAAGGCUGAUGUGACAAAGCGAGAUGAUUGGCAAUCCCUUCUAAACGAGACACUCAACAUGUAUGGCGGCCUGGAUAUCGUCGUUAAUAAUGCCGGGGCCACAUACGCCAACAAACCUACCGGCUCAGUGACAGACAAAGAUUUUGACCUGGUAUGGAACGUUAAUGUGAAAUCAAUCUAUCUUUCGUCUAAUGUGAUUGUACCUUACUUCAUCAACAACAAUCGACCAGGGGCAUUCAUUCAGAUCAGCUCUACCGCCGCACUACGCCCCCGUCCAGGGCUCACAUGGUAUAAUGCGUCUAAGGGUGCCGUUAGCAUUGCGACAAAGACAAUGGCAGUUGAGUAUGGACCUAAUCAGAUUCGUUUCAAUUCGGUCUGCCCGGUAGUUGGAAGCACAGGCAUUUUUCCACGCCAUAGGACCCAUCUUUUUAUAGGAAAGCCGGAUACAGAGAACAAUCGAUCAUCAUUUGUAUCUACUAUCCCAUUAGGUCGACCAUCAACGCCUGCUGACGUUGCUAACGCGUGUUGCUACUUGGCCAGUGACGAAGCUUCUUUCAUUACUGGAGUGGAUCUGGAGGUCGAUGGUGGACGCUGCGUGUAA